AUGGACGAAAAGGUCGCGUCGCCGGUGACCUCGAGCCACGGCUCGUCCCUCGACGAUCCCGCGGCCAAGACGGCAGAGCUCAAGCGCAUCUACCGGAAGAUUGACAUGAGGCUCGUGCCGCUCAUGUUCUUCUGCUACUUCCUGCAGUUCCUCGACAAGGUCAUCGUCAACUACGCCAACAUCAUGGGCAUCGCCAAGAACCUGCACUUUGUCGGCAACGACUUCUCGUGGAUGGCCACGGCCUUCUUCAUCGGCUACGCCGUCGCCGAGUUUCCCCAGGGCUAUCUGAUCCAGAAGUUCCCCGUGUCCAAGGUCCUCGGCUUCAACGUCCUGCUCUGGGGCAUCGUCGUGUGCUGCACGGCCGCGACGCAGAACUUUGCCGGUGCCGCCGCCGUGCGGACGCUGCUCGGCAUGUUCGAGGCCGUCAUCACGCCCGCCCUCAUCAUGAUCACGUCGCAGUGGUACAACAAGAAGCAAGCGACCCUGCGCACCGGCAUCUGGUACUGCGGCCUGGGCGGUGGACAGGUCAUGGGCGGUCUCAUCUCCUGGGCGGCGCAGCACGGCUCGACCACGUCCUUCCAGAGCUGGCGCAUCAUGUUUGUCGCCGUCGGUGUCUUCAACCUCUUCGUUGCCCUGGCCGUCAUCAUCGUCAUGCCCAGCGGCGUCCGCGAGGCGGCCUUCCUGACCGAGGACGAAAAGGCGCUCAUCGAGGAAGUCUUGGCUCGCGACCAGGCCGGCGCCGGCAAGAAGGUCUUCCGCGCGUCCGGCAUCCUCGACGCCCUCAAGGAUCUCCAGGUGUGGCUGCUGUUCCUCAACACGAUCCUCAUCGUCAUCCCCUCCGGCAUCAUCACCACCUUCUCGGCCACCAUCAUCAACUCCAUCUUCCUGACGCCCAAGAAGUCGGCGCUCCUCAACAUGCCCGCCGGUGCCAUCUCCAUCUUCGCCACCUUUGCCGGCACCUACGUGAUCUACUACAACCUGCCUCGCUGGCUGAGCAUCAUCGGCCUCCUGAUCCCCACCAUCAUUGGUGCGGGCCUCAUGUCCUUUGCCAAGUCCAACGCCGGCGCCCUGGCCGGUGUCUACCUCAUCAACUUCGACGUGGCCCCCCUGGCUCUCAUAUAUGCUCUGGUCGGCGCCAACACGCAGGGAUACACCAAGAAGGUCACGGUCAACGUCAUCAUUGCCAUUGCCUUCUCCAUCGCCAACAUCAUCGGCCCGCAGACGUUCCAGGACAAGGACAAGCCCAAGUACCUACCCGCCAAGAUCACCGUUCUGGGCGUUGCCGGCGCAUCCAUCGUCGUUACCAUCCUGCUGAGAAUUCUCUAUGGCAUGCGAAAUGCGAAGACGGCCGCGGCCCGCCAAGCGGAGCUGGAGGCCAUCCGGCGAGGCGAGAUUGAUGCCAAGGCGCCGCCGGCACUGGUCGUCGUCACAGGCGCCAACGGAUUCAUUGCACAACAUUGCGUCGCCGCACUCCUCCGAGAGGGCUAUCGUGUAGUUGGAACCGUCAGGAACCAGGACAAGGUUGCUGCGGUGAAGAAGGCACACAAAGAGCACCCCGGGCUGGAGGUGGUUGUCAUCGAGGAUAUCACAAACGCUCAGAACUACCUCGACAUCAUUGGCCCCCUAUCACCGGCCGCAGUUCUUCACCUGGCUGCACCAUUCCACUAUAAGGCAACCGACUUUGAACGAGAGAUGAUGAUCCCCGCGGUGCAAGGAUCGACGGCCAUCCUGGAGGCUGCCGCGCAGAUCAAGAGCAUCCGGAGAGUCGUCCAAACGAACAGCUUCGCCUCCAUAUACGACGCAUCGGCCGGCCUCAGCCCCGAAAAGACUUACAGCGACAAGGACUGGAGCCCGCUGACAUACGAAGACGGAGUCAAGGCAGACAACGCCCCCUUGGCAUACCGAGCGAGCAAGGCGGCAGCAGAGAAGGCCGCCUGGAAGUUCAUGGAGAGCCAAGUGCUCGGAUUCGACCUCGUCAGCCUGUGUCCUGGCAUGGUCUUUGGCCCGUUCCUGCCCGAGGCCAAGCCCACGACGAUUGCCGGCGUCAACACCAGCAACCAGCUCGUCUGGGCCGCCGUCUCAGCAGGUCGAGACGCGCCGGUGCCGCCCACUCGGGGGCCCGUCUGGGUCGAUGUCCGCGACGUUGCCGAUGCGCACGUCAAGGCGCUCCAGGUCGUCGAGGCCGGCGGCAGUCGCUUCUUGCUGGCCAGCGGCGUCUACUGCAACCAGGAGCUGUGCGACGUGAGCCGGCGUGCGCUGCCCAAGUACGCGGAUCGAAUCCCGAUCGGCGAGCCGGGCAAGCGAGACUCGCACACGCACUUUGGCGUCAGCAGUGCCGAAGCGGAGCGGGUUCUGGGCGUCCAGUGGCGGAGCUUGGAGGAGAGCCUCAAAGAUGUCGUGCCCCAGCUGUUUGAGGUUGAGCGGGGAGAGGCUUGA